AUGGCACUGUUAUAUGCAACACUCCUUAUGGGGGGAGAUGUGGUUUUGGGAGGGCUCUUUCCUUUACAUUUCAGUCCUAUUUCAUCGCUUUCUUCUUAUAAGACCAAACCUACUCCAACCACAUAUAAAUUUUUUACCCCCCGAGCCUUGAGGUGGAUGCAGACGAUGAUCUUUGCUGUGAGAGAAAUAAACCAACGACAAGAUCUUUUACCAAAUCUGUCUCUGGGCUACCACAUCAAGGACAGUGGUGAUGAUAUACCAGUGUCUGUGAAGAGGUCUCUUCUCAUGGUCAAUGGACAGCCAGAUAAGGACAGUGGACAGAGCUGUGAAGAUACACAAAAGCAGCCGAGCCCCGUAGUUGUGGGAGAAGCAUCAUCAGGAAUAUCCAUGGCUGUUCUGAGAAGCCUAGGCUGCUUCAAAAUACCUUUAGUGAGUUAUUUUGCAUCUUGCUCCUGUCUCAGUAACAAGAAAGAGUUUCCAGCAUUCAUGCGGACCAUGCCAAGUGAUCUAUUUCAAAUCAAAGCCAUAGCAAAACUUGUGCAUUAUUUUCAGUGGACAUGGGUCGGGGUGAUUGGUGUGGAUACAGACUAUGCCCGGUUUGCCAUCCAGCUCUUCUUGAAAGAGUCACAACAGUUGAAUAUUUGCCUUGCGUAUGUCCAACUUUAUCCUGUUGCGCUGACUCAAGAUGCAGCAGAAGAACUUGUGAGGAUGUUGAAAUCUUCUUCUGCUACAGUCAUAAUAAGCUUCUCUGUGGACUCUUAUCUUUAUGGUAUUCUAAAAGAGUGCAGACGGCAAAAUGUCACACAUCUGCAGUGGAUUGCCAGUGAGGCAUGGGCCACAUCAAAAUCCCUCUGGGAGGACUUUGGUGAUCUGCUAAAGGGAACAUUGGGUUUUGCCAUACGAAGAGCUGAUAUCCCGCAUCUUGGCAGUUAUCUCAAAGGAAUAAGACCUCAGACCUACUGGCCAGCCUGUAAUGGUAGUGAAAGUUUGGAUGAUGUGUACACCACAUAUUCAGAUGUGUCUCAACUCAGAGUCUCCUACAAUGUUUACAAAGCUGUGUAUCUCAUAGCACAUGCACUGCAUGACAUGAGCAAAUGCAUCCCAGGAAAGGGCCCAUUCCAGAAUGGGACAUGUGGGAGUUUGUAUCAAAUUCAGCCAUGGCAGCUCCUGUACUACAUGAAACAAACAAAUUUCACAACCUUAGGGGAAGAGGUCAGAUUUGAUGAGAAUGGUGAUCCUAUUGCAUCUUAUGACCUUAUGAACUGGCAAAGAGGAUCUGAUAGCUCCCUUCAACUUGUCAGGGUGGGAUUCUAUGAUGCCUCCCUUGAAGAAGACAAGGACCUAGUGAUAGAUGAGUCAGUGAUUAUGUGGCACAGAGCAGAGAAGGCACCAGAAUCAUUGUGCAGUAAAAGCUGUCUGCCAGGCUCCAGGAAGGCCAGGCAAAAAGGAAAGCCAGUCUGCUGCUUUGACUGUAUUUCAUGUGCUGAAGGAGAGAUCAGUAAUCAGACAGACUCAAUUGAUUGCCUGACAUGUUCUAAGGACACGUGGCCUAACCAAGCCCAAGACCUGUGCAUCCCCAAAACUUUAGAGUUUUUGUCCUUUCAGGAGCCCUUGGGAAUAAUUCUUUGGGUAUUUUCAGCAUUCGGGGCCUGUGCAGCAUUAGCAGUGCUCUGUGUGUUUGUAAUGUAUAGGAAGACUCCAGUCAUACGAGGAAACAAUAUUGAGUUAAGUUUCCUUCUCCUCUUGUUCCUCUGUGCUUGUUUUUUGAUUGGCCUUACAUUUUUGGGGAAGCCCACUGACUGGUUGUGCCGAAUUCGCUAUCCAGCUUUUGGAAUCAGCUUUACGCUCUGUAUUUCAUGCAUCUUGGCAAAAACUGUAGUCGUUUUAAUGGCUUUCAGGGCCACCAUCCCUGGCAAUAAUGUCAUGAAGUGGUUUGGUCCUGUUAAACAAAGAUCAAGUGUUAUCCUGUGCACAUGUGUGCAAGCGCUUAUUUGCAUCAUAUGGUUAACAACUAAGCCCCCUAUUGCUUCAUAUAACAGCAAGUUCAUGAGUGAAACUAUAAUUGUUGAAUGUUCUGUAGGAUCUGAAACUGGAUUUUGGUGUGUUCUCGGAUAUAUUGGGUUCCUGGCAUUCUUGUGCUUCUUCUUGGCAUUUUUGGCCAGGAAACUGCCAGACAACUUUAAUGAGACUAAACUCAUCACAUUCAGCAUGCUCAUAUUUUUUGCUGUGUGGAUAACCUUCAUCCCAGUGUACGUGAGCUCAAGUGGAAAGUAUAUGGUUGCUGUCCAUGUCUUUGCUAUUCUAGCUUCUGCGUUUGGUCUCUUGCUAUGUAUAUUUUUCCCUAAAUGUUAUAUUGUAUUACUGAAGCCAGAGAGAAAUGACAAAAAACAUAUAAUGAAAAAAUAG